GAGAACGUGCGGCUGCGCUGGUGUACGGACGCGUGGGCAGCAGCUGCAUCAACACUACCUGCCUGAGGAGCGGAGGUGACGGUGGUGUGUUGCAAGAGGCUGAGGCAGACACAUCAAGCCUGAGAUGAGGUGUUGUGGUGCCCUUCUGCUCCGCGUCCAGGGCCGGCGUCGCUGCAUGUUACUGGCGAUGACGGUCAUGACGGUGCUCUUCCUCCACCUCCUCGUCCACCGCCAGGUGGUGGAUCCCUUCGAAUUGUUACGGUUACGGGCUGGUAUGGGCGAAGGUCACCUUGGCCCAGAGGCUCUUCAGGUCACCUUCCAGAGCCCAGUGACCACACCGCCACGCCAGGACACGCCCAAGAAAGAAAGCAAGGCCAAGAAACAACCCCCAAAGAAGACCUCCCAGAAAACGAACAAGCCCAAGGUCGAUCCCCUUAUGAACAAUACGGUCCUCCUUACUAAAUGGCCCCCGAAGGUAAAGUAUCCCCUGAUGAUGUUCAACAAUCCGGGCCGACUCGGGAAUCGCCUCAACUCGUACGCAACCUCCCUAAGAUUCCAAGCCGUGCACAAAGGGAACGCAACGGUCGCCACCUCAAGAGACACCGUGCAGCGACUCAUGGAACUCCUGGACCCCACCUACCUCCCCCUGCCCGUUGCCGAGAAAAGCCUGGUGGAGAAAGCGAAGGAGAAGAAAGCGUUCGUGGCCGUUGGUCCGAACUGGGCGAAGUCCGACUUUGUGACCCACCUCGAGCCCACUUUCCAGAAGGCCGAGAAGGAGUUCCGAAAGAAUCAUGAACCGAAGUUGUACUCUCUGGGAGGAUACCCCAACCGCAUGUGGCUGCUCGCAGGGCACCACGACACCAUCCGCGCCGCCUACAGGAUCAGAGAAGACCUGAGGCAGAAGGCCGCACGGUUCCUGGAGGGGGUGCGGCAGAAGAGGGGUCUUCAGGACAUCACCUUCGUCGGUUUCCACAUUCGGAGGACGGACUACACAAAAGUGAUAAAGACGUACUACAAGUGCAGUCUGCCGGGCCCUGCGUACUACGAGUCGGCUCUGAACUAUUACCGCAAUAAGCUCCAGAACCCGGUCUUCGUGGUGGCUUCCGACAGCUCGACCUACGCACGUCAACACCUGAAGGGCCACAAAGAUGUAGAGUUUUCAGACAUGAAGUCACCAGCAGAGGACAUGGCGUUGCUGGGGUCCUGCUCCCACUCCAUCAUGACUGUGGGUUCCUACGGGUUCUGGGCAUCGUUCUUCGCGGGCGGGGAAGUCGUGUACCCGCUGGGCGUCAACUGUACUGUGACGCCCUUCGUUCACCCCGACACUCUGGGCCCGCGAGGCUACGAGAACUUCAAGCCCUUCGAUAUGGACGGCGGCGGUCCAUUGUAGGGCAGGGCGUGGUGUGGAGGGCUGUGGUGUGUUGGGUGUAGCGUAAAAGUAAAUUAUUAUUAUUAUUAUUAUUAUUAUUAUUAUUAUUAUUAUUAUUAUUAUUAUUAUUAUUAUUAUUAUGAUUGUUAUUACUAUUAUUAUUAUCAUCAUUAUUAUCAUCUUUUUUGAGAUCCAUGACAAGCCAUGAAGGGAAGAAAACAAAUAGACCCAAACAGAGUCCCCUCGAUGAGCAGACGUGGACAUGAAAAAUGCAAGACACUGACAGGAAGAAGAAUGGAGAAAUAGGGUGACAAAAACAAGUGGUCAGCGGCCGGACGUGGUGAUCAUUUAUUUUCUCUCGUUUAAUAACAAAUAUAAACAACGAGAAUGGUCAUCUGUAUUUUUAUGAACAAUAAUAUCAAUGUAUUGAAGUGUAAUUGUUACAAGUCCCAAAGAAACACGUAGUUUAUGAUAAUGGAAAGAAUAGUUAAAGCCUCGUAGGCCCAAAGACUUAGUCGGCGGUGACACCUGGUAAGGAUGAAUAUACCCCAUCGUGGACUUGGUAUAUACAUGUCUCAUACUCGUUAUCUUGCCCGUAACUAAACGGCCCGCCCACUGGCAACCUGCCAGCCUCAGUGGCUCGCAGCCCGUCGCUUAGUGUGCAGUGCGGCUGGACAAACAACGUGCAGGCAACGUACACAAUAUAAACUAUGUACUUAGGUUUAUUAGGCCCAUCUUUGUUAUUACAUGUAUUUUUAAAUUUCAGCCGCUAAUAACGGUCUUUUGGCACCAACGGAUUAAGCCCCCCAAUUAGUUCCUUGUAACGAGUGCUUACUGUAUACAUAAUAUAUAUAUAUAUAUAUAUAUAGAUAUAUAUAUAUAUAUAUAUAUAUAUAUAUAUAUAUAUAUAUAUAUAUAUAUAUAUAUAUAUAUAUAUAUAUAUAUAUAUAUAUAUAUAUAUAUAUAUAUAUAUAUAUAUAUAUAUAUAUAUAUAUAUAUAUAUAUAAAAGCAGCAAUAAUGAUUGUUACACAGUGCUGGCUUCUUGAAGCUCUUUCCGCUACGUCUAGUGGUCGUGCCGCAGACACUGCCGUGUGGACGGGAAUACAAGUUUGCCCGCGGACUAGGCCUUGUGAAGGGGCAGAGCCCACCAGGAAGUGUUAGAUUUUAAGCGCGUGGCCUCAAGGGUGUAACCACACUUUUCGUCGGCCGUUUUAUAUCAUUAAUAUGUCUUUCACAAAGUCACGUAAUGUCCUUUUGUGUGUGUUAGUGAACAAAACUGUAGAAGCUGUAUGCAUUAAAGGGUCGUCAGUAAGA